UGCUGAGGCCAUUGAAUUGAUUCGAAAAGAAGAAGUAUAAGUUUGGAAUUUGAUUGACGUAUUUGUUUAUUUCCAAUAUUUAAAGUCGUUCCUCAUUUUUAAAGGUGGAAAAUGUGUUUAUGUUUGAUCAACGAGCGACAUACAGUUUUAAACGAGGAUACUUGACUCUUCUUGUCUUCUUAUGACGGUUGUCUAUUCAAUCAUGAAUGCAUUUAACAGGCAAAGUACUGCUAUAGAAAGUUCAAGGGAGUUGAAGGUAGUUCUCCAUAAAAAUCCAUUGAGAGAUCUCACCAAUACAGAUAGGAAGUGUAAUACAUGCGAUUUGAAAAUGAAAACAGCAAAAUCUAGGAACAGUCCAGUACAAAUUCCACAAAGCUCCAAGAUUAAUAAAAGAUUCAGAAGAAACGUUGGGAGGUCCAGAAAAUACUCAAAAAACAAUGAAAAUCAAGUUAUUUCCAUAGAAGGGUCUGAAGAAAACGUUCCAGUAUUGAAAAAUUGCAAAGUUCUAUUGGAGAGGAAGAAGUUAGAGCCGACACUUCAGAAUCAUGGUGCCAAUAAAAAUGAACAAAAAAGGGAAUCUCCUAAGUCAAGUAUUACUGCAACUCGAAUAAGUACUCCCCUUGUGAAACGGUUGCGGAAGUGUGAAGAUAGACAUUAUUUUGAAUCUUCUCUAGAAUGCUCAACGGUUGAGACUUCAAAAAUAGAAAUAAGAAACACUGUUGUUUCUAAUGAAAAAAUCCCUAUCUAUAAACAAAACAUUAUUGAGGACAACUGUAAUAAGAAAAGGGAUCCUUAUGAACUGGACAUACCAGAUUUUGAUGAGAAAAAACCUAAGAAAGUCCGAAAUCUCAAUAACUCAAGAAAACUCAACAAAACCAUGUAUGAUUUGUUACAAAAAUUAGAUAAAAAUGAGAAGAAAGGUAAGAAAAAAAUUGAGAAAUAUACUGACAAAGUUAAUGGAGUACUGAAAAGAGUCAUGAACAAAGUUAAUGAUAGAAACAAAACUGUUACAGAAGUUGCUAAGAAAAUUGAUGUGUCGAAAGAUACUGCUGAGUCUGAGUCUAUGAAAAAUAAUCAAAGUACUAUCAAAGAUUGUCCAAAUUCAAGUAUUUUCAAAAAUGCAUCAGAAUCUGAUGUUUCAUCACAAAGACAUUCAAGUAUUUUAGCAAAUGUAUCAGAGGCUGAUGUUUCAUUGGAAAAAUCUAAGAGUAGUAUAAAAGCCGAUUUUCUAGGAUUUGCAAAUUCAGUAAGUCAGUCAGUAAAUGAUGUCAAUCAAAAUGAGAAUCUGAAAAUUCCAGUGAUCAGCAAAGACUUAAAUGAAGCUACAAAUGAACAAGUAGUAUUCAUCCCAAGCAUUAAUGGUUACCAAUGUGAAAGUGGAUUUUUAGGUUUUCACAAUAAUGAUUUAUUGAAAAAAUCGGUGGUCGGUCAAACAGACAGCAAUAUCAAUGUCAUUAGUAAUAUUUGCUUGAGAUCACAUGAGUCCGCAUCUCAUACUAAUGAAGAGGACAGUAACUGUUCUAGUGAAAUCGAUGCAGACAGUCAAUAUUUUGGUUUUGACAAGGAUAAUGAUGAAGUGGACUUUCACUCCCAUACCACUAUUGGAUCUCCUGCUUUCUUUAACCGUAGACCAAAAGCUAACAGCACAAUGAUUGGUUUGACUCCAAGAAGCCCAUGGCGAUUAACAAUUCCUGGUAGGCGUAACCACCACUUUCUGUUGAUCAAGCCCAACUCUCUGCCUUCUUUGAAUCAAGACAUGGUUUUGGAUCAUACGAUGACAGAAGAAGUAGAACGAAAUUCCAAGACUAGAUGUGAAGAAGUGCCACGGCCACAGACCCCUGUUCAAACUAGUAUUCUAGAUUUUGUAGAAAGUUCCGUGGACCAUUUUUCAAAACAAAAUGAAGAUAUGAGACAUUCCAGCCUGUUUGACUAUGAUGAAUUUGUUGUUCCAAAACGAAAAGUGCUGGGUCUUUUACAACAGAAUGGCAUUAGUAAAGAACAAAUGCAGUCAACACCCAGAAAAGACCUAUACAGCCACACCACUUCUCCAAAUAAUUCAGAAAUGAGCAAUAUUUUUCAGAGUUAUGAAGAGAAUGAAGAAAACAGGAAACCCACUACUAGUAAACCAUUUAGAAUUAAUUUCCAUGAAAUAAGACAGUACAAAAAGAAUGCACAAGCGGAAAAUGUACCUGAGUUACCUUUAACUGAAGAAAAUCUCUUAGAAACCAAUGAAUUAAUAAUGAAAAACCAAGAUGACACAGUAAUUGAGGAUGUGCAUCUAUUUGAGGAUUUUGAUUCAAAACAAGACAUGGAGCUUUCCAUAAAAUUGCCAAGUAUUACGUACAAAAGAAAACGGGGAAGGAAAAGGUUAUUGUCUAACGCAUGUGAGGAGGCUGAUGAAGGAAAGCCAAAGAAAAAGAAAAAAGAUAUGAUGACAAAAGCUGAGCUGGAUGCAUUUGAGAAAUGGGCAGAACAAUUUAAUUCCAUGUGUAAAGAAGUUGAAGAACAUAUUAUCACUAAAUUCCCUUUUCAACCAGAUCACUUACUUUCAGGUAUUUGUAAAAAGUUCUGA